AUGCAUUUGAUGUACUAUGUUGAAAAUGGUGAAAGAAAAUACACCUUAAAGGGUCCAAAGGGUCAAUUCGCCUAUUCUGCUCACCCAGCUCGUUUUUCAGUUGAUGAUAAAUACUCAAGAGAGAGAAUUGCUUUAAAGAAGAGAUUCAACGUUUUACUUACUCAAACACCAGCACCACAAUAUUAA